GGCGGUAACCCAAGAAACCUGAUCCAGCGGGCUCUCUGGCACUCUGUCUCAGUUUGCAGCACUGAGCGGUGAAGGCACAGAGGAGCCGAGCACUUUUGAAGGACACAAAAAAACGGAGAGAAACCGGAGAGCUCGCGGCGCGUCCUCUCCAGUUUUUACGCGCAGCCCUCCCGAGCCGGAGCCGGAGCCGUUCCGCCUGCCCUGCCUCGUCUCAAAGCAGAAACAACGGGACAACUAAAGGCACCAUGGAAGACAAAUCCAAUUCGUUCUCCAGCAACAAGGAGGAGAAGGCGGAUGGGAAUAAUGUUUUUCAGAGGCAAGACUCCAUACAGAAGAACAACACGGGCAGCCAGAACAGCAAGGACCACGGCAACUCCGUGGGCUUCAAGGGGGAACGCGAAGAGGCCAUGGUGGGCUUUGACGAUCUGGAGGGGGAGUCCAGGGCACACGGUUUCAUGCAGCGGCAAUUUGGGGCCAUGAUGCAGCCGGGAGUCAAUAAGUUCUCCCUGCGUAUGUUCGGCAGUCAGAAAGCGGUGGAGAAAGAGCAAGAGAGGGUCCAAACGGCCGGAUACUGGAUCAUUCAUCCAUAUAGCGAUUUUAGGUUCUACUGGGACUUGAUAAUGCUCAUCAUGAUGAUGGGGAAUCUAAUCAUCAUUCCUGUGGGAAUAACCUUCUUCUCAGAGCAGACCACCACCACCUGGCUGGUGUUCAACGUGGCCUCGGACACAAUCUUCCUCGUGGACCUGGUCAUGAACUUCAGGACGGGGAUCGUCAACGAGGAGAGCUCCGAGAUCAUCCUCGACCCCAAGAUCAUCAAGAUGAAUUACCUGAAGAGCUGGUUCGUCGUGGACUUCCUCUCCUCCAUUCCAGUGGAUUAUAUAUUUUUAAUAGUGGAGAAAGGUUUUGACUCUGAGGUUUAUAAAACGGCCCGCGCCCUGCGAAUCGUCCGCUUCACCAAGAUCCUCAGCCUCCUGCGUCUGUUAAGACUGUCCCGACUCAUCAGAUACAUACAUCAGUGGGAGGAGAUUUUCCAUAUGACCUAUGACCUGGCUAGUGCAGUGGUAAGAAUAUUUAAUUUGAUAGGGAUGAUGCUGCUUCUGUGUCACUGGGAUGGCUGUCUACAGUAUCUGGUGCCACUCCUCCAAGACUUCCCUCCCGACUGCUGGGUGUCCCUAAAUGGUAUGGUUAACGUGUCCUGGGGUAAGCAGUACUCUUACGCCCUCUUCAAAGCAAUGAGCCACAUGCUGUGCAUCGGGUAUGGCGCCCGGGCGCCCGUUAGCAUGUCUGACCUGUGGAUCACCAUGCUGAGUAUGAUAGUAGGCGCCACAUGCUACGCCAUGUUUGUGGGUCAUGCUACCGCCCUUAUCCAAUCACUGGACUCCUCGCGCAGGCAAUACCAGGAGAAGUACAAACAAGUGGAGCAAUACAUGUCCUUCCACAAGCUUCCAGCAGACAUGCGACAGAAGAUUCACGACUACUACGAACAUCGCUACCAAGGCAAAAUCUUUGACGAGGACAAUAUCCUGAGUGAACUCAACGACCCGCUCAAAGAGGAAAUUGUCAACUUCAAUUGCCGUAAGCUUGUGGCCACCAUGCCUCUGUUUGCAAACGCCGACCCCAACUUUGUGACGGGGAUGCUGAGCAAGCUGAAGUUCGAGGUCUUUCAACCCAACGACUACAUCAUCCGGGAGGGCACGGUCGGCAAGAAGAUGUACUUCAUUCAGCACGGCGUCGCAAGCGUCAUCACCAAGUUCAGUAAGGAGAUGAAGCUGACGGACGGAUCAUAUUUCGGAGAGAUCUGUCUGCUCACCAAGGGCAGACGAACGGCAAGCGUGAGGGCGGACACCUACUGUCGACUCUUCUCGCUCUCCGUCGACCACUUCAACGAGGUGCUCGAGGAGUACCCCAUGAUGCGACGCGCUUUCGAAACCGUCGCCAUCGACCGACUGGACCGCAUCGGGAAGAAGAACUCAUUGCUGCUGCAGAAGUUCCAGAAGGAUCUGAACGCCGGCGUUUUCAACACGCAGGAGAACGAGAUAUUGAAGCAGAUUAUCCGUCAGGACCGGGAGAUGGUGAUGAUGGUGGACCGCAAAAUGUCGGUCACCGGGAUGAACUCAACCCCAAUGUCAGGAAACUCCAUCAUUAACUCACCAGCCCAGCCGCCCUUCUCCAAUGCCUUCGGCAUCAAUCAGCUCCAGCAGUCCUCAGUACCCCUGACCUUCAGUGCUUCAGCUAUAGCCAAUGCCUCCGCUGCCCGCAUGCUGCCGGCUGCUGCCACUGCCGCAGCGCAGGGGAUUUACCCCGCACCCAGUGUUUCCCAUGGCAGCCUGAGUUCUUCCUCGAUCAACCCACAGGCCCCGCUGCAGCAGCAGGGAGCGAUCAUGUCGCCCUGCUCCUUCACGGCGGCCAUGUGUAGUCCGCCCGUGCAGACCCCUCUGGCAAGCCGGAGCUUCCAGUACGGUUCGCGCACAGGCUCCCAGCUGUCACUCAUCCAGCAGCCCCUCGCCCAACCAUCUCUAUCAACACAGCAGCAGCUCGCUCAGCAGCCCACUGUGUCAUCUGCAGCUGCAACCUCUGCAGCACAGCAGCAGCAGCCGUCGCCUCAGCAUCAGCAGCAGGUCCCUUCACCUCAGCGGGGAGACAUGCACAAGAGCACACAGGCUCUUCAGUCAGGCAGCUUGGGUCGAGAUGUCCGACACUUAUCGGCCUCCCAACCGUCACUGCCACAUGACACAUCUCUGGGGCCCAGGGUGCACCCAGCCUCAGGAGACUCUCUGGCCUCCAUCGUGCCACCAUCAGCAGCAGCGAUCCAGGGAAUGAAUCUGCCGGGUGGCAUCCGCACUACGGUGCCCCAGCGGGUCAACUUGUUCCGGCAGAUGUCAUCAGGAGCUCUGCCCCCGGUUCGCUCGGCCACGGCAGCGGCGGCGGCAGCAGUGGCAGCGGCAGCAUCUUCAUCCUCAACCCAGCACAGGGAAUCCCCCGGAUCGAGGAGAGAUUCUGUCCUGAGCAGUACGGAGACUGAGCAAGACAAAAUGCGUUUUGCAUCCAAUUUAUGAUCCCAUUUUUGUUCCCCCUUUUCAUUUUUUAAACUUAAACAUGUUUGGAUUCAAUUUUAAAGAUGGAGAUACAGCAAAAGAGAUGAAAAUGAGGAACUCCAGCAUUUUUUUUUCUCUCCGGUUUUAUUCUAAAAUAACCUCAAAGAAAUCCUGUACAUACAAGCCCUUGUAUUAUAUUUUAGACACAUUGUCUCCCUAAACUUAAGAAUGUAUAUUAUACAGACACAUCUGUUUCUUUUACGCCAUAUUAAUCAUUUAUUUAUAUAUAUAUAUAUAUAUAUAUAUAUAUGCUGCUAUACACGUACAUACAUUUAUAUAUUUAUAUAUAUGUAUGUAUGUAUGCAUGUAUAGCUGUGUGGAUGGAUGAUGUGUGCGAGUGUGUGUGUGUGUGUGUAUGUGUAUGUGACUGUGUAUAAAAUCCAACUACAAUAUUUGGCAAUGGCAAUUUAAAAGCUGUAGUAUAAACAUCAGUCUUCCUUUCUGAGAAAUAUAAAGAAUUAUAUAUGAUGUAAGUUUUUUUUGCUUUUUUUGCUUUCUUUUUUAAAACUGGAAUGCAUUGUGGAUUACGACAAUGACUUUUCUUUUUCUUUUUUUUACCACUGAGGAAGAGGAAAAUCAUCUUCUCCUAUUAAGAAGCUUUAGGCACCACUGUGGAAUAAUAAGUGCGAGCGACUCUGACGAAUAAUCUCAGAAAGCACACGUAAAAAUAAAUCUCACACGCCGAUUUUCCUGAACCUCCAUCCCAGAAACCAACGAAUACUGUAACUAAGUGUUGUGUUGCUUUCAGCGAUGAGAAUCCAGUCUGCUGAGCUGCUAUAUCCCCACAGCGGCUCGCAAACAAACUCUUGACAGUGUUAUGGGUCAAAAAGGGAAUAGAUAAUAGAAAUGCUGUUUCUGUAUUUUUUGGUUUGGAGUGUGGAGAAAGAUAUGGAUGGAUGCUAUUGUUUUUCUAUUUCUGAUUUCAGAUGGCUGAGAUGUUAUGUAACGUUGCUUAGAAAUUCUGUGUAUAUUUAUAAUAUUUAUAAACUAAAGAUUAUCACCAUUAUGCAAUAGACUGUGACAUAAAGAUUACCUAUAUGUGUGCUGUAAAUAGUUUUGUAGAGCUAGUAUUUACAGAUACUGUGUGGUGCAUUCUCUAUCAUAACAAUGUCUUACUUCUAUCAGGAACCUGGAUCAUCUAAAUGCGACAAAAGGUUAAGAGACAAAAAUACGUAUGUUUCAUAAGAGAUAAACAAACCUUAAUGCAAUAGCUAGCACAACUUAAUGAUAAUGACAUUUAAUAACCCCCCUCUCUCUCUCUGUAUACUACUCCUAGUUCUAGUAUAGUUCGAGUGAACAUAUAUCUACAUUCACAUCGUUGAGAAAACACGUCUUUUUCUGUCGCCUCAUAGCUCUUUUUAGGAACCACUAUUAAUAAUGUUUUAAGUCAAACUGAUUAUUUUAUGAGAUGGAUUAUCAAAUGACAGAAAUGGGACUCAGAUUUUUUAAAUUUUUUGCUUCUCGAGUCAAACUGUACGCUCUCACAUCACAGUUGCCGUAGUGUAAGAGCGCGGCACAUUUUCCACACGCACGUUUUUAUUUCGCUUACGGACGUCAGCGAUCCAGUUUCUCAAGGGUGUAGAGGGGUUCGAAUUUUCACUGAGGUCUUUCUGUGCCCCUGCAAGUCGGGGAAAGGGGGGGGGGGGGGGCGCUGGUUUGCAUUAAGGUUUCUCUCUCAUGUAAAUCCAUUACGUGGGCUUAGCCACUCUCAACUGACCCAGACUGACGCUGAGAAUGGGGGAAGCAAGGUCAAGCCAGAAUACUGUGACUCACUCUAUUAAACAAAAAGAAAAAAAAAAAAAAAAAAAAAAGGAUUUCAAAUAUUUUAAUCUCAUAAUAGCUAAAGUGUUUGAUGACCGUGCAGCCAUUAUGGCUCACAGGUCAUUUCCCUGCAAACACUGUUGAUUGUACAUCGUGCUCAAGCCCCUCCCUGUCCGUGUUCUGUCAUUUCACUACUUCUAAGAAGAGUCAUGGUUUUCAAGGCCCCAUCAGUUCCGGAGUGACUAAGCCCUCGGUGAUGACGUCUUUUGGAAGAAGACCACAAGUCUCGGCUCCAGAUUAUGUCGAUAGUGUACCGAUACAGCCGAUCCACCAGUUGUCAUGAAAGCAUGCACUGUCACAAAUACUUAAAAGAAAAAAAGAUACUAUCUCAAAAAUGUUGACGUUAAAUGUUAAUGUUAGAUUACGUUUCGUUCACUGUCCGUCUGCCUAGACUCUGUGUGUGUGUGUGUGUGUGUGAACAGAAGCAUUGACUCUUCACAUGGACAUUCUUAAGUAUCCGUGCCUAAACUAUAGCCAUGUUCCAUCCUUUGUUAAGCGUGCGAGCUCGUUGCUUGCGGGGGGGUGGGGGGGUGGAGGGGGGCACUUCCUGCACACGACCGCCUGUUCAUUCUUACUAUACUCUACGUGUUCUAUGUCUCAGUGUUUUUAGACGGGGAAGGAACAAGCGAUGAUGAUGGCCAAAUGUCUCCGUUUAUCCAAUUGGUACCUUUUUAACUUACAAUGUGAACUUCUAUCUAGAGCCAGGUUUUUUUUUCUUCCUCAAGUUCUCAGUCGAGCUAUUUAGGAUAUUUAGGUCGUGUACAGUUUAAAAGUGAAAAAAAAGGAAAAAAAAAGUGCAAUCUUUUGACCUUGCAGUCAGGUCACACUCAAAAUUUGAAGAACCUUUGUACGUUUCUUUGUCGCGAGUCGCUGAUGUUUGGGGUGAAUAUUGAUGCGUGGAAGGAAAACUGGCCAAAGCAAAACAUUCUGAGUCAUUGUCUUUGUUAUUUAAAUUGCACUUUCUGAUCAUUUAAAGAAGGAAAAACAAAAGAGAAGGUAGGGGUUAUUUCAGCAAGAGGUAGGGAUGUUGAAUGAGUCCGAGACGGGAGCAAUAUCCCCGAGAGUUUGCGCUGCCCUGAUCCUGUACGAGGUUCUGAGUGAGUAGGUUGGAGGUGGGGGAGGGAGGGGGUUGUUCUAUUUACAACAGAGAGCGCUUAAUUGUGAAUAUGCCAUAGUGAAUAGGAACUAGUGCACAGUCAAGAUGGAUAGCAGCACUGUUGGUUUGUGCUGUUUUUGAUACUUGCCUUUGGAGGGAGAGCUUCCCAGCUAUGUGCUUUUUUUCACUAUACCAAUCACAAACUAACAUACUGGAAUGGGCAUUAAUGGUGAUGUAUAACACAAAAAUAAUGAGCUUACAUAUUAGCAGUAUAGAGACUCUCAACAAACCAGCACAUAUAUUUGUAUAUUUCUUUUUCUUUUUCUGUUUUGUUUUGUUGGUUUGAGGAUUAAAAAAAGAAUAAUAAAGAGAUGCAAAAAGAAGUGAGUAUAAUGCCCAGAGAGGACACACCAAACGCUCGUUUGGUUUCCGAUGACCACAGGUUUCAUAUGUUUACUGAUGAUGUGCACAGCGGAGCGAGGGAGGGGGGGGGGGCGGGAGCCGCAGCGAGCACCCCCACCCUCCUCGGCACCGCUCACACUUUCAUUGUUCAGCUCAUGCUCAUGUAAUCCAAGGUUUAGAGACAACGAACUAUUAGUUGGUUAUUUGAUACAGACGGAAGAAAGAUAAAUGUAGACUUUCUUACAACAAUAUGCAGACAAACAGUGUUUGUCAAAAAAUCUUUUUGAUUUUUUUUUUGUUUAUUUUGUUUGUAAAUAAUAAACCUUUAAAAUAUAGAAAAUAAACGACAAAUUGUCAUUUAAAAGCAAGUGUGUGUCGUUCUGUUGUCGGGCAGUGUGCGUUUUGUUUUUAAUUUGCAAUUUGAGGGGGGAAGCAAAUGCAGAAAUGAAAUGGAAGAUGAGGCAGUGACGGAGAGGAGUCAGAACAGUGUCAUUUUGAGGUGAGGAAUCUGUCUGUGUGUGGUCACCUGGGACUUCCAUUCAUUACCAAUCCACCCAUCAGUCAUCUGAGGCUGUUUUCAGACAUGAACUCUGGAUGAUCUCCAGAAUUGGGUCCCAACUUUCUCAGGAGGUUCCUCUCCACAAUGAAGCAGGGAUCACAUGUUUUUCCUUUACACCAAAAGCUCUCUUGACAUCUUUGUCUGUCUUCUACGCCUGUCGCACCGUUUUUUUUAGAGCUAUUUAUAUUCUUUGGGUUGUUUAUUUCAUUUUUGUUUCAAUCGCCCCCCUGUGCAUCCUGCGGAGAACCUCCUGCUGUGUCCUCCCAUCGGCUACACCGGACAUUCUGCAGGUUUUUUGUCAGGGGACUGUUGUCAGGGGGAGAAAGUCCGGAGGCUCUCACUCGCACAUUUGCGUUCACACAUCCAGCCCCUCUAGAGUUGAGUGCAUGUCUGAAAGCAGCUCUCCAAAAGACAUCUCUCUGUAUGACCAUGCACACAUUUACUAUAGUUAUUAAUGCAGGCUAAGGUGUCUUGUACAACAACAUUAGAGCUAAACUGAUUUGGAAUGUUUAUAUGAGCCUCAGAAGA